UCUCUCUCGCCUUCUACUCCUGCCACCCUCUCUCGCUACCACGCUCUUGUUAUGAAACCCAGAGCUGUCGCGCCGAGAAAACGGAUUACCUCUGCUACGACCGGCUGCACUGUGGCUUCAGCGCAAAGCGACGCUAACAACAACAACAACAGCAGCAACAAUUUCAGCAGCCUCAGCAGCAUCAGCAGCAUCAGCAACAUGACCCUGGAGGAGGUUGCGACUGGAACCACCGAGGAGCAAGCGAUGCAGACUGUUGAGCAAGCGCUGGAGGAGCUCUUGGUGGGCGCACACAAGCAGGGAGACCUUACGGUCGGAGUCUACGAGUCUGCCAAGCUGCUCAAUGCUGACCCAGACAGCGUGGUGCUCUGUCUCCUGGCCGCCGACGCCGACGAGGAGUCUGACCUGGCCCUGCAGAUCCACUUCACGCUGAUCCAGGCCUUCUGCGGCGACAACGACAUCGAUGUGAUCCGGGUGCGCGGCGUGGCGCGCCUCGCUCAGCUGCUCUGCGGCGGCGACGGCGGCGUCAGCGCUUCCAGCGGCACCGGUGUCGUGGGAGCCGAGAGCGAAGGGGAGGAGGAGGAGGAGGGCGAUAAUGCCUCCUCCACCACCACCACCAGCAGCACGUCUCCCUCCUCCGCCGCUGACGAGCCCCGGGACCUGCACUGCCUGCUGCUCACCUCGACGCUGCCCGCGGGACCCCUCCGCGCGGUCGCCUCGUUCUGCGCCGAGAGCCGCUACCGCAAUCAGUGGGUGCCGAGUCUGAGCCUCACCGAGCGCUGAGCGGCGUGCCCGUGCCCCGUGACGGGGGGCGAGGCGCAGCCACACCGAUGGGUAACGGCAGCUACUACAGCGGCUACAGCAGCGGCUGAAAAGCAGCAGCGGCUACAGCAGAAGAAGCAGCAGCAGCGACAGCAGCGAGAAGACGCCACGAGCUCGAGGGCAUCGGCGUCACGGCGACGAAGACGACCACCGCCACGGUGGUGAUGAUGAUGAUGGUUGAUGGUGGUCGUCAAGAGUCGGUCCGUAGUUUGGCUUCGCUGGCUGGAGGCUAAACAAGGAGCCUGAUGGAGGAGGGUCCGUGGACCGGUCUGGUUCGAUCCGGAUCGGUGCCCUGGCAAGACUGUCGGUCGAGCGAGGCUGGAGUCUUAAGGAGGAGGAUGAAGACGACGAUGAUUUAAGAUGAACUGGGAUAGGAGGAGGUUGAACUGUGCAGUCGGCUUGUUGUUGGAGGAAGCUGAGCGGCUGUCGGGAGUUCAGAGUUUCGAGAGGAGUUGAGUGAUUGUGGUGGGGUGGGUUGAAUUACUGACUCACCCCCCACGGCUCUCUCUCUGCGCAACGCAUCCCAGUGACUUACCAGAACCCACGAGAAUAGUGGGGGACGGAACGCACACACGAACACACGAGUUUUUUUGUUUUUAAUUUAAGGUAACAUUAUUUGUUUAAUUUAACUUCACCAAACUUUAUUUAAUUGUAUCCGCACCGCACGGAAUGGAUUUGCCACGAAAGUGCCGCUUGUAACAUCAUGUUACGCACAAUGAUCUUCAAUUUGCACCUUGAGAUUAACAAUGCAUUGUUAUAAUUGUUACUGUGUUACUACUGCCAUAGCAGAGUUGAGAUACCUUGCGUUACUGUCUUACCAUUUGUUCGAAGAGUACUGUCACGAUCAUAAUGUAUUUCUUGUUCAAUCACAAUAUUGUAUUUAUGCACGCAUAUUCAAUCCACGUAUUAUAAUAAUAAUUUAUAUUCCUGUCUAUUGCAUUGUGCAAUAUUACAAAGAAAAUAAAAGAAUAUAUAAAAUGCAA